GGUUGAGAGCACACGUCACUUAGGCGAAAAUUUCUAGGCGAGUACUGGUUAACCAGCAGCGCUAAGUCAGUUCGUUUGAGAUCUCCAAUUUAGUAUAACCUAAUCAUGCAGUCUAUGAUUAUCUUCGCCGCGGCGUUAUGCCUGGCCCAAGCUUCUUACUACGCAGGUGCUCCCGCACCUAUCCAGCUUAGCCCUGAUGGCAAAAACGUCUUGGACACACCAGAGGUCGCACACGCCAAAGCAGCCCAUUUAGCAGCGCACGCUCAGGCUUCAUCAUCUCACGGCGCUUGGGCACCCAGUGCAUACGCUGCUGGACCCGCUGCAUACGCUGCUGCACCCGCUUAUGGUGCUGGAGCUCACUACGGUGCCCCUGGUGCUGGUCUUUACAAAUAUGGUCCCGCCCCCCUUGCUCACGACGGCCGUGUGAUCGACACCCCCGAGGUAGCCCACCUUAAGGCAGCUCACAUUGCCGCCCUCAACAGCGCGCACGCCAAUGUCGCCCACGCUCCCGCUGCCUACGCCGGCGCUGGCGCAGGCUACGGAGCCGGAUACGGUGCAGGUUACGGAGCUGGCUACGGAGCUGGUUACGGCAAAUGGAACGGUCCCCUUGCACAGAUUCAACUCACCCACGACGGCCAAUACGUCGUUGACACGCCCGAAGUACAACACGCGCGUUCCGCCCACUUCCACCAAUUUGCCGCCGCCGCCCAAGCCGCGGCUUCCGCUCCCGAAGAACCCUGGGGUGCGCACGGCGCUCAGGGACACGGCUGGCAUUAAACCUUACCUCCGACCCGGCUGACUGACUGCCUGAUUUUUAUACAAAAUGUAAAUAAAACCCGAAAAAAAAUGUGUUGUAUAUAAGUGUAUAGCAAUGCGACUCUUAAUGUGCGCAAUGAAACGAAUAAAAGAACAAUGUUA